AUGCCUCCGACCGACUGCUUCGAUGACGCGGGUGCAAGCUGUGCAUCCAUGAGCGGUGUUCCCGAGCCGGGGCUGUUGCCCACGACAAGGUCGCCACUCCAUCACGGUACUGACCCUGACCUCUCAGCUCCCACCCCGUCGCCUUCGGGGGUCGCGGCUACGGGGCUCGACUUGUCCCCUGUGAUGGGACCAACGCCCACUGUUUUCGUGACCAAGGCAAAGCGGAAGCUGCGAGGCAGCCCGGCAAGAGGGGGGGGCUGCGGGGGAGGCCCCGUCUCUCCCAUGGCGACCCGGCUCUCGAGAGGCUUCCCUCCCUCGAGCAUCAGACCCAACACUACUGGUUUCAGCGGGGCGUCGAACCCAUCAACACCACACCGCGGCGGCAGCAGCUGUUGCAUCACACAACACGACGCUUCGUCGUCGUCAGCAGCAGCUAAAGGGGAGGCAACACAGCAGAGGCUGGGAGCGGGAGGGACGGGGGGGCUACUGGACGACAAGGAUGGACCGCCCUCGCUUGCCCCUCUCGGAAGCGUUGCUCCUAGCACCAGGGUCGCGGCCGCCGCCGCUCCGACCCCCGAGAGUGCUGCGGGUCUCGAGGCCGGUGGCGGUGGUUCCGAAGCCAGCAACAGCCGCGGGGCGCGACAGCAGCAGCAGCAGCAGCAAAAGAAGCAGCAAGUGGACAUCAAGGACAUGAUGCUCAAGGCUAAAAAAGCCUCGGACAACAUCCGCCUGCUACUGCACGCCAAGGUAUGA